GGCGGCGGCUGAGCUCGCCUCGCGCCUCCGGGGCUGCCCCGGCCCGGCCCGGCCCGGCUCUCCGGGGCUGGUCGCGGCUCUCUCGUGCGGCUGCCUCCGCUCCCGGGCUGGGAAGGGCUCCAAGGAAAGGGGAGAGGGCGGGUGGUCGUGUGCGGCUUGUGCGGGGCUGGGGGGCCGUGGUGCCUCAGAGCCCCCUUUGAGGGGUCCCGGGUGUUACAGGGGGUGUACAGACAGGUACCGGCGUUUAACUCGCAAAUUAUGCUCCAGUAAAGCUCACUUUUUGCCAAGUGGAGAUUUCAGAAGGUGCUACACCUGUGUGCUCAAAGGAGGAUCUUCAUCAGGGAGUAAGUUACCCUGCAACCCAAUGUAGGCCAGCACUGAUAUGCUGUAGCUGAGUGUGAACUCCCUGCUCAGCGUAGAGGAGCCCUCGGGAGUCUCUUCAUUAAGCAGUGAAAUCUGGAACUGACAGGAUACUUUUGGGAUUUUCAUGGUUUUGCUGGAUACACAGAAACGUUGCUGGAAAACAAUGUCCCUUGACUUUGAUAGUGGAGCUCUACAAACACAACAUGAAGAUGAAGACUAUGACCAAGAAGAUUAUGCAAGAGAACAAGAGUUGCAACAACUGUUGACAGACCUUCCCCAUGAUAUGCUGGAGGACAGUGGAGACCAGCUCUCCAGCUAUUCAGACUGCAGCAUUCAGGAGACUGAGCAGCAAUCACAUGAGCCUGGGAAGCACGAUGGGAGGUGGAACGAUCAUCCAUUGAUAAGUGAUCCUCAAAAUGGCUAUGAACAAGGACAAAAUAUGUACCCUGAACAAUUCUUGUGUGACCAGCAAAAUGAUGAAGAGAAGAAACUUUUAUAUGAUGUUAAGGAAGAUUACCGUGGCCAGAACGGUCAAGAGGAUCCUGAUGAUGUGUAUCUUGGUAGAGAUGGGUUUAACUCUCCAAGUUGCUACCAACAGAACAAUGUGUAUCAUCUUCCUGAAAACUUCAGGCCAUAUACAAGUGGUCAUAAACCAGAGUUUAACAAUCAGCAAAAUAAAAUAAUAAAUUUUCCAGAUGCUCCAAAGGAACAUCUUAAGCAAUUUGUUGCAUCCGAUGUUGUCAAUGGCCAAUCACCAGAAUCUUACAAAGUGACUUACAAACCAUACCAAAAUGGCAUUCAUCAAAGUGCUCCAGUAGUCCAAGAAGGAAACAGAAGAAAUGAAGUGUUUGAAGAUUUGCAACGUGAAUUCUUGGCCAAUGAUGAAAAUUCUUCAGAAAAUAUGCAGAUUCUUCAACUUCAAGUUCUAAAUAAAGCAAGAGAAAGACAACUGGAAGAACUUAAUGAAAAGCUAGAGAAGAGUGCACAGCAGAUUAGGUAUUUAAAUCAUCAGCUUUCGAUGGUCAAAGAUGAAAAGGAUGGUUUGGCUCUUAGUCUUCAUGAGUCUCAGAAACUCUAUCAGAAUGGAAAAGAACGGGAAAUGCAUCUUGAAGGUCAAAUCAAGGCCCUUGAAACUCAAAUCCAGACUCUUACUGCCAAUGAGGAGCAGAUGCUGAAGCAAUCCAAGGUGGCAGAGGUGGCCAUGGAGAGCUUGCAAAAGCAGCUGUUAGAACUUCAGCGAUCAGAUGCCCUUCAGCGAGCCAGAGAACAACAUGAGACCAUUGUUUCAGCACUGAAGCAGAAGUAUGAAAAGCAAGUACUAUCAUUAGAGCAGAAACUUGAUACUACAAAAUCUGCACUCAGAGAGCAGAAAGAGCUUUGCAAAAAUCUAGGAGACCAUGUUAAGCAACUUGAAAAAAGGCUGGAAGAAACCAAAUGUGAAAAAACAGAAAUAAUAAAUCGACUGACAAGAAGCCUAGAAGAAAGCCAAAAGCAAUGUGCAAAUUUACUGCAAACAGGCUCAAUGCAGGAGACAAAUCAGUUACGGUUUCAGUUGCAACAAGCUCAGUCUGCACACAUGAUGAGCAAUGACAUGAACAAGGCUUUGCAGGAAGAAUUAAUGGAACUGAAGGAAGAAAUAGCUUUGUAUGAAUCUGCUGCCAAGCUUGGAGUAUUUUUGAAUGAUGCAAGUGGAGAGCAGCAUAUGAACCUGGGUGAAUCUUAUGUAGAUUUGGGAAUUAAAAAAACCACUGGGAAAAAACCAAAGUUCUGCAGUGCAAUACAGAACAGAGACAUGGAUAAAGAACUCUCCAAAGAUGAAAUUAUUGUAGAAUUAAAAGCUGAACUGGAACGUUUAUUAAACAGUAAUAAAAUGAAGAGAAACCAGAUUACUCAGGUACAAAAUGAUCUUAAAGAUUGCCAGAAGACACUAGAGGAAUACAAAUUGAAAGCAGAAAAAGCAUCCAAAGAGUCAGAGCCUGUCACAAAUCUAACUGAUACUUCAGUGGCUAGUCCUUUGGUUUCUGAUAAUCUAAAGGAAGAAGUUCUGAGACUCAAAAAGGCUAAUGAAGCUUUGCUACAGGAAGUUGAGGCCCAUGCUUUGACUAUUGAAGAACUGAAGGAAAGUGAGGAAAAACUGAAAAGCUUAAAUCAAGAUCUCUGUUGUCAGAUGAGAAAGAUGGUUCAAGAUUUUGAUCAUGAUAAACAAGAAGCCAUUGACAGAUGUGAAAGAACUUACCAGCAACAUCAUGAAGAUACAAAGGCACAUUUUGAGAAAGACCUGAUGGAGAGGUUUGCUGUGGAGAAGCAGCAGCUUAUUCAGACCUAUGAAGAGACAAUCUCACAGUUUAAGGCUAAUAUAGAGGAGCUGAACAAAGAGAUGACUGCAGUGAAGGAAUGUUACAUUGGAGUCUGUGGGGAGAAGGACACCUUGGAAGCUACUUUAAGGAAGAAGUUUGAACAAGAGCAGCAGUUGAAGGAAGAAAAGCUCAAGAAACAGCUACUAGAAGAAAAAGAAGUCUCUCUUAAACUUCUGAGGAGUGAGCUUGAAGAGAAACACAGCAGGUCAAUGAUAGCAGCAAAGAGGAAGUGGCUGGAAGAAAAAGAACAGCAGGUUGAAGAGAAAGUUGCAUUAGCUAAAGUUCACUGGGAGAAGGAAGAAAAAGAGAAUAAAGAACAAGUCUUUGCAAAAAUAGAAAGAGAAUGGCAAAGUAGGCUGGAAGAAAUGAGAAGAACUGUAGUUGAAUGUAAUGACUGCAGCUGCCAAACUGACCAAGUAACAGCUGUGGAUGACAUUCCAACUAAAGAGUUAGAAGGGACUGUUGAAGACCAGAGGCUGCAGAUCCAGAAGGCUCAGAGAGAAAAUAUGGCCUCUGAAGAGGCCUUAAAAGAAUUUGAAUUAGAACUGGAAAAUAAAUACCGUAAAAAUCUUGCCAGCCAGGUAGAUGCAGCUUUAACCCAAGCUCGUGCCAAGUGGCUGCAAGAAUUAACAGACCUCAAAGAAUACAAACUAAAUCUAAAGAUAGAACAAGAAAAAUGGGAAAAAGAACACCAAGAGACCACAGCAAAGCAGUUAGCCCUAGUUCUCUCAGCUGCUGAGGAGAAAUGGAAGAAAGAACAUGAGAGUACAGAGAGAUCUGGACCAAGAGUGAAAGAACUUGAAGAAAAAAUAAUUUCUCUCAGGAAGGAAUUGGAGCUAAAGAAAGAAGAAAUCCCUGCAGCCAUCAAAGCAGAACUAGCAAAGGCCCGUGCACAGUGGAACAAAGAAAAGCAAGAGGAAAUCCUGCAGAUACAAGAGCAAAAUGAGAGAGACUACAGAUCAUUCUUGGAUGAUCACAGAAACAGGAUUAAAGAGGUACUUGCAACAGCAAGGGAGGAUCUUGCAAAGCAGAAAAAUGAUCUCUCCAUUCAGAAAGAAGCAGAAUUAAAGAUGUUACUAAACCAAAAGCAGCAAGAAUGGGAGGCUCAGGAAGCCAAGAGACUGCAGGAUGAAGUUAAUCGCUAUGAGGAGAAGACUCUGGUUGAGCUUGAGUAUCUGUUGAGUGAACUUCAUGAGAAACUAGUCAAGUGCACACAUAGUCAGCAUUCUUUGAAGGAUGAGUGUUUUGACUCUCAUGUUCAAUUAAACAGUCAGUGCAAAGACAAACUGAAGGCCUGCUUACAGAAAGCCUAUAGGACCACAGUUUGCACAAUUCUGGAAAAGAAAGAGCAAGAAUGGAAAGAGAAAUAUGAAGAGUUAGUGAGUAAUGCAAAUAAAGAAUCAUACCCUUACCUGCAAUACGGUGCAGGAGACACUGGGGACAUGGCCGGAACUCCUUUGUGCAGUGUUGGACACCAAGCAGAAGCACAAAGGAGAUUAAGAAGACGGACAUCCUUGCAGGAAACUGGAACAGACAAAGAAAAUGAGAAGGCUCUAAUUACAGAAGACUCUGAGAUGAAGACUAAACUGAAUGACCAGGGGUCACCACCAAGGACACUGUCAAAGGGAGGCGUCUCAAAACCUUGUGCAUCCUCUGACUCUGUGAGAGGUCUGGAAGAAAUGCGUGCUCACUACAUCAAAGCUGUGAGCAAGAUUAAGUGCGAUAUGCUUUGUUACAUCCGUGAAAGCAAGGAACGAGCUGCCGAGAUGAUUAAAGUGGAGGUUCUGAGAGAGCGCCAAGAGACGGCACGGAAAAUGCGCAAAUACUAUUUGACAUGUCUUCAACAGCUCCUGACUGACAAUGGGAAACAUGAAGGAGCUGAAAAGAAAAUAAUGAAUGCUGCCAGUAAGCUGGCUGCAAUGGCUAAGGGACUUGAAACGCCUCUUCGACACAUUCCCCAGGGCAAAUCUACCCGCUCAGCUCUGCAUUUAGUUUCUGAGCCUGGAGCUGAGUGCUCCAAAAGAGAUCGGACCAGGUCAAACCAUAUGGAAAGCAAAUCAUGUGGUGAAAGCAGUACUGAGACAGCCAGUGAUAAAGUUGUCCAGAAGUGUGUGCCACGUGACUUGAGACAGCAGUUUGAUGCAACACAGACCGUAACUCAACAUAUGCUUCGUGAAACAGUGACUGCGGGUGUUCAGAAUAAUUCUAAAAGUCUGGAUCGUGCUUCCAGAGGUGCUCUACCAGAGUUUUAUCCAAAUGAAAAUGGAAGAAGAGAAAAAUAUGGCCCUAUUGUAAAUGUAGACAAAGGACCUUUGCAUGCUGCGAGUAAUACAGCACAUCAGAAUGCUCCUCCAUCUGCUUGUCAGGGAACAUUAGAACAUAUGCAGGAACCCAGAGUUACAAAUGGCCACACCAGCUCUGGGCCAGCUCAUCACAUGCUUAAGGGCAAGAAUGGAAGAACAGUCUCAAAAGAGGAUAAAUAUAUCCAAUCAUGUGGAAAAUGGAAAACUAAGUCUAAGAGAACUCAGGAAUUUAAUUUUAAAGACACUCCAGGAAGAGAUGAAGGAAGCAGCAGUGAAUGGAGUUCUGGGAAUGGAAGCCUGUAUCUGGAUUGUGGUGAUUUGCCUCUCUUGUAUCCUCAACAAAAAGCCAGUAGUAAUGUUCAAGCACAGACUGUAUAUUAUGAAGAGUUUCCUCACAUCAGGUCAUCUUCCCCUGCAGAUGAAAACGUUACUUCUUGGAGAGACAUUUCUAGUGGCAGUGGCAAGUUUCUCAGCACAUAAAGCAGCACAAAAGUUUACAGUAGAGACCAGCAGAUAACAAACACAGAGCAUGCUUCAAUCCUCAACUCUGGCAAAUCAAAUUCUGCUGUCCCACAACCCAAAGCAUCAUCAGAUUCAGAUGGAGGAAAAUGCUGCAACAAAUGCUUGGAGAAAAAUGGUGUGGGAUCCCAAGUCUCAUCAGCAAGAUAAUGAUUUUUAAUAGUCCACUUUCUAACUUGAACUGAUACCAGAAAUUCCUUGUUUGAAGGAAAAGAAGAUUAACUUGAUGUUUAAAUAAAAGUGUGAGGAUUGAGGAAAA